UGACAGUGAGCAAGCAAAACUAUUAAAUCUGUGUCCACUGACUUCUUUUAACUAGGCUGUACACUUCAGGACUGCAAACUGAAAAUACAACAAUGAGGACUGCACUUAUCUUUAUGUGCCUUUUGGGAAUAGCCUGUGCUUUCUCAGCAAAAAGCUUCUAUAGAAGAGCAAAAUCAGAUGACUCGGAAGAAAACGCGGUUUUCAAGAACAGACAUCGAUAUUAUUUUUACAGAUAUGCCUAUGCGUAUCCACCACACAGAAGAAUUCAGAGCAGUGACUCAGAAGAAGAGGGGGAUGGCGACAGCUCGGAGGAGGAGGAAGAAGAAGAAGGGCAGGAGCAGUCAAAUGAAGGAAACAAUGGAGAGAAUGAAGGUGAAGAAACUACUACUGAGACUCCCACUGGAAAGAAGGCUGUAGGCAAGAAAGGCCUUGGUAACGGAAUAACCAAAAUCCCUAAGAAGGAGCAAGACAGCCAAAGUCCUGAGAAUGCUGAAACGGGUGAAAGCUCUAAGAAGGGGGGGGGAUGCAAAGCUCCCGGAAAAGGCGGGAAGAGCGAAGGCUCUGAAGGCGAAGAGGACAGCGAUGAAAAUGAGGAGGAGGAAAAUGAAGAAGAGGAGGAAGAAACUGAAAAAGUGGACGAGAACGGCACCGGCGGUAACGGCACGAGCACCAAUGGUACAGAUACAGAGAAUGGGAAUGGUGGCAAUGGAGAGGCUGAAGAGGAGGAGGAGGAAGAGAAUGAAACCGAAGCCACAACCAUCGUCAUCACCACCCCGACAGAUCCGGGGCGAGGUGACACCACGCCAACUGAGGAUGAGGGUGUUUAUGACACCACCACCCCUGGGGAUCUGUGGGGUUAUGAAAAUGGAGAAACCACCACCCCGGUCUAUGAAAAUGGCUACGAAAGCCAAACAGAUUAUAACGACGGCCGGGAGAAUGGGUAUCCCCGAGGGGACAGCUACAGAACAUACGAGGAUGAAUAUGGCUACUACAAGGGGCAUGGGUAUGAUGUAUACGGCCAUGAUUACUAUUACAAUCAAUGAACAGCAAGACCGUGAUUGAUAUUGUUAAUGCUCAUACUCUGCAUGGCAAUUGUUUUCAAUGUUCUCAGGAAGGUGCAGCAAAAUGUAACUCGAUGCCGGUAAAAAAGGGGAAGGGGGGGAUCCACCUUUAAUGAGUGGCAUUACUGCUAACUACUAAAAUGUGCUCUUUGUUAAAGACAUGCUUUUGGACAUUAUAUAUGCUCCUGAGGUUUGUAGAUUUUUAAUCCUGGUGCUGAGGAAUAUUGUAUGUCAGGUGGAAUUAUCCAGUGAGUUUUGUUGUAUCCUAUAUAUUUGCAGUGUGUCUAUCCAUUGUUUAUAUUAAAGUCAAAAUGAAUUUUAAAGCAACCAAAAUGACC